GUGAAUUGGUAAGAAAAAAAAAAACACACACACACACACAGCAAAACAAAUGUACAUGUGUGUCUGGACCCGGCGUUAUUUUCACUGAACGCACAAAGGGAGAUGCGGUGUCUGUCCAUAAUCCCUAAACGCAGCCAGCUGGAAGUCCGCUGACAAAGGACAGUCUGCCAAAGAUCACCUGGAGAUGUCUCACCAGCGGCCCCUAGCCGCCAUCAUAACAACGCUACUCGGGGCCACGUUCGGUGGUUUGCUCCUAUGGCGAGCAUACCGCACCAAGAGGAAGAGGCUGCCUUCUGUCCAGAGGGUGGCCGAACCCGUCCAAGGCCCGCUUCCCGCUUGUGCCGAUGCGCCGCCCGCGGAGGACGACGACAACCGGCGUCCGCCACAGAAGGAGUUUACGGCCGCGGCGUGUCAGACGGCACACGUGUCCUCUCCCGUGCGCAUCCCGUUUUCUGAGCCGUUGCUGGGGGUGAAACUGGUGUUGGUGAGCUCCCAUGAGGAAUGGCAGCAGCUGUGGCCGCUGAUGCAGAAGGACCUGACAGUGUUCCCCGUGCUGGGCCUCGACUGCGAAUGGGUGUCCAUGAAGGGCCGCCCCUCGGUGGUGUCCCUGCUCCAGAUGGCCACCUACUCCGGUCUGUGCGUCCUGGUGCGGCUCCUGGCGUUCUGCAACCGGCAGCAGUCCUUCCCGCUCGGCUUGAUGGAGGUCCUACGCGACCCGCAUGUUCUGAAGGCCGGCGUUGGCUGCUACGAAGACGGGAAGCGGCUGACGCGCGACUACGGUCUCUCAUUGAGCUGCACGGUAGACCUGCGCCACCUCGCCCUGAGACAAAGGCAGGCUUCCGCCAGUAACGGACUCAGCCUGAAGUCUCUGGCGGCCGACGUGUUGAACGUCUCGCUGGACAAGUCACUGGAGCUACGAUGUAGCAACUGGGAGGCAGAUGAGUUGACACUGGAACAGGUGACCUACGCCGCCAAGGAUGCCCAAGUCUCUGUCGCUCUCUUCCUCUGCCUUCUUGGCCUCCACCCUGAAACUGGGGGCAGCUCCUACGCAGAGUUAGCCGCCCGCUGCCAGGGGCUGCUAGAUGUGCCCUUCAAGGGCACCAGAGGUGAUGGAGAUGAUGGCGGCACCGAGAGGAGGUGGCGGACGCGCAAACCGUCCUCGCUCAAGAUCCCGGAGUCAGGAGAUCAGCAAGUCCCCGACCCCAGGAAGAACAACAAGAAGAAGCCAUUGGGUGUGGGCUACUCUGCCAGGAAGUCUCCUCUCUACGAUAACUGCUUCCUACACGCCCCCGACGGCCAACCUCUGUGCACAUGUGACAAGAAGAAGGCCAAGUGGUACCUGGACAAAGGAAUAGGAGUGCUCCAGAGUGAAGAUCCGUUUGUGGUGAGGCUUCUCUUCGAGCCUUCCGGACGUCCAGACUCCCAGCAGGACUACUACCUCACGGCCAAGGAGAACCUCUGCGUGGUUUGCGGCAAAGCAGACUCCUACAUCAGGAAGAACAUCGUGCCGCACGAGUACCGGCGCCACUUCCCCACCGAAAUGAAGGACCACAACUCUCACGACAUCCUGCUGUUGUGCACCAGCUGCCACGCCGCCUCCAACGUACACGACGGGUUCUUCAAGCAGCAGCUGGCCGACGAGUUUGCCGCCCCACAAGGCUGCGAGGAGGGUGUGCGUCUCUUGGAAGAACCGGACCGCCGGCGGGUGCGCUCGGCGGCCCGCGCCCUCCUCACUUCCGCCGAAGGCCUGCCAGAGCGACGGCGGGAGGAGCUGCAGACGACCAUCAAAAGCUUCUUUGGUGUGAGCAGUGAGUGCCAGCUGACGGGGGAGGAGCUCCAGCAGGCCGCCGGCUUGGAGACGAGGAUCUUCAACGAGGCCUACGUGCCGCACGGACUGAAGGUGGUGCAAGCCCACACCGGGCGUGGCCUGCGGGGGCUGAUGGAGCUGGAGCGGCGCUGGCGGCAGCACUUCCUCAACACUAUGCGUCCAAAACACCUGCCCCCGCUCUGGUCCGUGCACCACAACCACGGCAAGUUGCUCCGCAAGUACGGAGAGGACCUGCCUGUCGAACUCAACUGAGUUUUGAAACUCACGGAUGAAGACGGGUGUCAGGCGUCACUGUGGUGUAUAGCGGCGCUGUGACCAGUGUGAGGGUCGGCACGCUCUUGACCUGCGCAGCACGCUGCCGUGGAGCGUUUCCACAUGAGCGCUUUUUAUAACAGGAACCAACUUAUUUAUGAAACUACCGUCAAGUUUGUUUUUUUGUUGGGUUUUUUUUGGUAGAAAAAGCUGCAGUCUGCUCUUAAUCGCAACUUAAAGCUAACAACGCACUCGCAGGUGCGGCCCACUCUUUGCUGCAACAACGGUCGUCCUAAAUUGUUUUUUGCGCUCCCGCCUGCUUUUCCUGUCCCAACUAUUGUCUGUUUUAAGCCAAUAGAUUUAAAAUCUCAUCUUUGGCCUCUUUAAUGUAUUAAAAGAUGAGAUUUGACGCCUCGCAGGGGAGAGCGAUGCCAACGCUAGCUAGCUCCUUUUUCCCGUGAAUCCUCACAAGUGCGUCACCCCGUGCUGACGCUCCUCCCAGAAGGUGGGACGUCUCUGAGGUCCAUGUUCUAGUGGGCCUCCUAGUCCCCGAGGAGGGGGGAGGGGCUGCACGGCCGAGGACGCCACCUCAACUCCACUGCAGUUUAUUUCACUUGCGACGUCCUUCCACAACAUCCACGCUCAAAGAAACACUAGCUAGCUCGUUAGCACGACGACACGACCUCGGAGCAGAGAAAUGAAAUCUUUGUACGUUUUGUCCUCCUGAAUUGUGAAUGAAACAAAAUAAAGUUCGUAUUACAAGAGAAACAAAGACACCACGUUCUGUUUUUUUUAUUAUUUCUUACAAAAUCACAGUUUGAUAAAUAGUCUGUAAAAUGGAAAAACCAAGUACAAAAUCGAGAAACUUGCGAUCAAAUGAGUCUUUGACUUUUGUUGUGUACAAUCUAGUUCUGCUGGGUUAAGGCCUCUAGCUUUUGGCAUGAGAACAAUCCGUCAUCUGGCUUUCAUGGCUCACAUGCAAACAAAAAAAGAUGACGACAAAAGUUUCUGGACAUACUAAACAAUGACGGUCAGUGUUGGACACUGCACACAACAAUGGCACAUGAGGCGGCUUUUUUUGUUGGGGUUUUUUCUCUUAGGAGUUUCAUUUUGAAGUGAACAUUUUUUUUAUUUGUAAGAAGAAGCUGAACGGCGACGAGGAGUGAGAAUCACUCUGACAUCUUUACUGCAUGACCGAGACAUUACUCGUGUUUGUCCUCUAAAGUACUGCAUAUUCUUACUGCUUUUGUUCAGCGCAACAAAAGACGAUCUCGCACAAAAAAGUGAUCAUGUCGUCGCGGAAACCAUUCAGUCACUUUUUCUUUUUUUUUUUGUCUUUUACGUGUCGGCUUUUUUGUAGAUAACGUUUAAAUUAAGUUUAUUUGAAAGAUUGUCACGUUAACAAAAAUGGGGGGGGGAAAAAACCCA